AUGGAUGGUGGCAGUGCUCUCUCAUCUGCCUCAGCUGUGGCUUUAGGCAAUAGUGACGGGCAUGUGGUUCAACAUGACAUUGCAGACAAUUAUCAUCAGGAUAUCGGGAUAAACCACGAGGCCACAUAUGACAAUCAAAUAUCUGCGGACUCCCAAUGUAUUGGAGCAAAUACGGACAAAUUAUUAGUCGACACAGCAACUACUCAGGAAUUAAUUAGUGAAACUCACCACGACGGGGAUGUGGAGAUGGUAAUGGAGUCGUCUCGAAACGAUGCUCUCCAACCUAAUACUGGAAAUUGGUACGUCAUUAUUGAGAAGGUGGUGCCUCCACUAACGGAUGCGGUGUCAUAUCAGCAGUGGAUUGGUUGCUUAAAAGGGACGCCAGUAUCAGUACCGGCAAAUGGGCAGUGUCUUUUCCUGGCUUUAUCUGCAUCGCUUGGAAAUGUACAAUCCCGCUUCUUCAGUGUUGUUGGAGAUAACUUAAUUUCUGCGAUCACAGUCAAACACGAUGUUAUUUAUAUCUUACUGACCAAUUUGCGAAGAGACGUAAUGUUGGGUUUGGUGGACUCCAAACAGGGUUUACGCCGACUUUAUCCAGGUAAACCUGUUCCAGCUACGACGCAAGCCGCAACUGCAGCUCUGUUAACGCACUAUCUUCUCAUUCGAGAUGUUUCAGUAAUGCGUGAUGUACCUAUGGAAUUUUGGGAAGGGCCGCAUAUACUAAGAGCGGUGGCGGUCUACUUACGAGAACUGGUUUAUAGGCUCACGAAACCGGGCAAGUCGAGAUGGUUUCGGAUCAUGUAA